GAGUGCGAGCAUGAAAAACAAACGUGGGAUUGAACAACAAUAGGUAGAGCCAGGAGGAGGGGGCUGCAAAUGUGGAACCACUUAAGGUCCGAGCGUGCUCGCCCUGCAAAGGGUUAAAGAUGGCGAUGGGAUAAGUGGAGCUCGUUUAUCCCAAAUUUGACAGUGGUAGUUAAAUGUUGAGUUUUCCCUCCAAACUGGCAGUCUGGACGAGGCUUUCUGCUCCCCUCAGCCUCCCUGGUGCUGCGCUCGUUUACGACCGUCUGUCUUCUCUAAAUCAAAUCCAAGAAACGGAGGACGAUUCCGCAAGAUUAUCUCCUCAGCUUCACUUCCAUCCAUCCCACCAUUCCUUCAGCUUUCUCACAGCCGUUCGCCUCUCCUCUCCUCCGCCCCCACCAACGCUCAGCUUCGUCUUUCACUGUGGAGCUAAAUUUCCCAACCUGCCGUCCCUGGGAUCCCCACAGAUGUCCGGAGCCUGGCGCUGAAGCGGGCACUCGCCAGUAGCCCAGAUGCAUCUGCGACUCUUUGCCUUUGGGAUGACCUUGCUUUGUGAGGUGAUCAGGAUGGGGUCGGGCGUCACGCAGAAGCGAAGCGCUCACAGAGAGACGUCAGAAGACUGUCAGAGUUGUCUGGAGUGUUCGAGGGACAACGGCUGCGUUCGCUGCCCAGAGCGACUCUUCCUGUUUCUCCAGAGGAAAGGGAUGUCUCAUCAUGGGACGUGUCUCCAUUCCUGUCCAACCGGACACUUUGGACAGAGAGGGAGGGACGUGAACCGCUGCAUGAAAUGCCGCUCGUUGGACUGCGAGCUUUGCUUCAGUCGGGACUUCUGCACCAAGUGUAAGCCUGGCUUCAAGCUGCACAAAGGCAAGUGUUUGAUCCACUGCCCAGAGGGAACCUUCGCUCACCAGACAGACUGCCUCGAGGUCUGUCCCCUGCUUCUGCUGGGAGAGUGGAGCGAGUGGAGCGUCUGCGUCCGUGACGGCGCCACCUGUGGUUUCAGAUGGGGAAAGCAGACCCGGGUCCGGGAGAGCAGCCAGAGCUGGAAAGCGACUGAAAAAGCGCGGGUCUGUCCGCCCCAAAGCGAAACACAAAGGUGCAGGAUGAAGAAAAAAUGUCCCACAGAGAGAAGACCGAAUAAAAAAGGAGGAUUUGGCAGAAAGAGGGAGAGAAAACGACUGCGGCUCCUCGCCAGCCUCUCGGCUAACGCAACAACAGACUCCAUCAGCAGCGGUGCCUGAACCGGAUCCAGUUCCAUGUUGGCCCGCCGAACCAAAACCAGAACCACCGAGGACAAAAACAACCUGAACCGACUGUUCCGUUUAUCCCCAUGAUGUGUGAAUAAAAUGUGUUUUCCAAACAUUAAAUCACAGUAGGAGCUGCACUGAUCUGAA